GGGACAUGGCUUCAAGCUUUAACAUUUGGUAGUUGAAAGCUGGAACUUUUACCCCUCUCUCUCUCUCUCCGUCUCACUCACUCUGCAUUGGUCCCCCUGCAACUCUGCUGGCCUUUCGCCGUCUUCUACGUCCACUUGGAUUCUCUCUCCCUCUCUGUGAAAUCAUGGGUUCUCUUCGUUCGAGCUCAGUUACUAAUUCUUGAGGCUUUAUCUGAUUUACCAUCUGGAUUGGUGUAAUUUGACUAAUCCAAGAUACUUUGGUUUCCCCAAAACCACGUUUCUUGCUUUCCUUUUGGGAAUGCUCUGUCCAUGAUUGUUUCUAUCUGGGUAUUGGGUAGAAUAACAGUGAUUUUCCAGCUCUUCACAAUGCCUUUGUCCGAGCUUUAUCGGAUGGCCGGAAGGGUUGAUUCAAGUCAAGAUUUUGAAAAUGAUUUUCUUGAGUUAGUAUGGGAAAAUGGUCAGGUUAUGAUGCAGGGUCAGUCCAGUAGAACUAGGAAGAAUCCGUCUUUUAAUAGCUUACCGUCUUUUAGCAACCCAAAAAAUCGAGAUAGAGAUGUAGGAAAUGGCAAUAUUGGGAAGACAGGAAAAUUUGGGUCUGUGGUGGAUUCUGGAUUGGAUGAAAUUCCGUUGUCAGUGCCAUCUUCUGAGAUGGGUUUGAGUGAGGAUGAUGACAUGUUGCCUUGGUUGAAUUAUUCCAUUGAUGAGCCUUUACAUCAUGAGUACUGCCAUGAUUUUUUGCCUGAAUUUUCUAGUGCAACUGCAAAUGAGGCUUCCACCAAUCACAAUCUUGCCUCGAUCGAUAAGAGGAGUAGUUCUAGUCAGGUGUUUAGGGAUUCCAAUUCCAAUUCUGCACAUGAAGGUGCUUGUUUGCAACAAAGGAAUGUGGGAAAGGUUCCUUUGAACGGUGGUGCUGAUGUUAGCAGACCUAGAUCUGGUGCUACUCAGUUGUAUUCGUUAUCAUCGCAGCGAUCCCAAGCGUCGUUUCCAUCUUUUAGAUCAAGGGUUUCGGAUACUGCUGGUGAUAAUACAAGUAGUGCCACUCAUCGUGGUGUUGGCAAGAAUUCAACUCAUAUUUCAUCUGCAGGCGGGUCUCCUGGAAUGAAGAUACCGAGGCCAGAUCCAGUAACGCCUAGCAAUAAUAAUCCAUCCAUAGUGAACUUUUCCCAUUUUUCACGACCAGCUGCUCUUGCGAAAGCUAAUGUUCAGACCAACGGUGUGAUGGCUGGCUCAGGUUCAUCAAGCAUGAUAAGGAUUGCAAAUAAGGACAAGUUUUCAUCUGCAACUAGUAACAGUCUGCCCGAGUCAAUGCUAAUUGAUUCCAGCAGUAGUGCACCAAAGGAGUCAAAUUCACAAUGCCAACAGAUUCUAGUGAGAUCCAGUGUUGAAUUGAAACCAACAGAAGCUAAGCAUCUUGAGGAACCAUGUACUGCUAAGCGGUCUGAGGGAACAUGCCAAGAGGAAACCUCUAAGAAUGACAUAAAUUCCAAUCAUAUUCCUUGUGAAAGUGCAGUUAGGGUAUCUCCAAAUGGUGAAAAAACUGUGGAGCCAGUUGUUGCUUCUUCUGUUUGCUCAGGCAAUAGUGUGGAGAGAGGUUCAGAUGACCCAACACAAGCUUUGAAGAGAAAAUUUCGUGAGACUGAUGAGUCUGAAUGCCAUAGUGAUGAUGUAGAGGAAGAAUACAUGGGUGUGAAGAAAGGAGCUCAUGCUCGAGGCAUGGGUUCCAAGAGAAGCAGAGCAGCAGAAGUGCAUAAUUUAUCAGAGAGGAAGCGAAGGGACAGAAUCAAUGAGAAGAUGCGUGCGCUACAGGAACUCAUACCCAAUUGCAAUAAGGUGGACAAAGCUUCAAUGCUGGAUGAGGCUAUUGAGUAUUUGAAGACGCUUCAACUCCAAUUACAGAUGAUGUCAAUGGGGGCUGGUAUGUAUAUGCCACCAAUGAUGUUACCACCAGGAAUGCAACACAUGCAUGGACCCUGUAUGGCUCAUUUCUCGCCCAUGGGUGUUGGAAUGGGAAUGGGAAUGGGAUUAGGCAUGGGUUUUGGGAUGGGUAUGCCCGACAUGAUUGGUGCAUCUUCUAGUUACCCUAUGCUUCAGGUGCCCCCCAUGCAAGGAGCACAUUUCCCUGGUUCACAUAUGGCAGGGCACACCGCCUUCAAUGGGAUGAUGGGAUCUAACCUUCAGAUGUUUGGGCUUCCUAGUCAAGGAGUUCCAGUGCCGAUGCAACGUGCUCCCUUAGCUCCCUCAUCGGCAGGUCCCUUUGUGAAGUCAUCUGGAGGACUAAAUGCAAGCAGUUCAGGAGGACCUGUGGAAAAUGUGGAAUCAGCUCCAGUUUCUGGUUCAAAGGAUUCAGUUCAGAACAUGAACUCACAAGCGAUGCAAAACAGCAAUGCCAAUAGCUCUAUGAAUCAAACAUCUAGUCAGGGCCAAGCAACUAAUGAGGGAUUUGCACAGUCUGCAUUGGUGCGAAAUAAUGUUCAAGCGACUGAUGUUAACAACAACAGAGCUGACGGAUAGCAGAAACGACGUUGUGUUUAGCCGAGCAGCUAGUUUCGGUUAACAAGCAGUUCUAUCCGUCGUUGGAGGAGAGAAAUCCAUGUUGCAGCAUCCUGAGAUUGGACCUUUUUUGCUUGCUUCUGAUCUGGGUAGAUGCAUUUUACAAGUACACAAAAAAGUAUGACCGAGUCGAAGAGUUUGAUUGAACCAUGGUAAUAACCAUCUGAAUUCUAAUUUCAGGAGAGUGCAAUUACAUGUUGCACAGAAUUAGGUACCUUGAGAAGACUUUGAAGUCCCUUCUAGCAUUUGUACAUUCACUUUGUAGUCGGUGAGGUAGCGCGAUGCAAACGAGUUGAGAAUAUACCGGGCUAUGUAUUAAAUGUGUGUUUUGGACAUAUUAUAACAAUUCUUUGAAUUAAUGAAAUGAUAGUAAUGUCUGAAUA